UCACGGACUGGUGUUUUUACCCGGUUUGUUUAUAGCACGGUGCGCUGAUGUGUUUUUAUUCAUGGCGCAGAUGAAGACGAUGUGGAGAACGUUGCUGUUCCUCAGCCUGGACCAAACCGAACCGCUUCUGUACACAGGUGGAGGUUUUAUGGGUGCACAGCUUCUGGAUGUGGAUCUGAUGUGGAUUUUGGGACUGAGAAAGGAGAACGAAAAACUCUCCAUGCUACCUGGGUAAUGGAGAUACAGAUCCUGCAGAUGUAAACAAGGUGGCACCAUGGCCGAGAACCAGAGCAACCUGAGGACGGCCAGGAUAUGGCGAGAUGCUGCUUUACGUUCCAGGAAAUUAAAGAGCAACAUGCGCCAGCUCACUCUUUCAACCACAAAUGACCAGAAAAUCACAUUUCCAGAAGAUAUCAAGGAGAUCGAGGUUCUCAAUCUGGGAAACAACCUGCUCCAAGAGCUUCCAGAAGGUCUGGGAUCCACCUUGACCAGACUGCGGGUCCUCAGUCUUCGCAGGAACAAAUUUACCUCUGUUCCAUGUCCGGUUUUUCAGCUUAGCACCUUGGUGGACCUAGAUCUAAGUCACAACUGUCUGAGCUGGAUCUCAGAGGACGUGGAUCUUCUCAGGGGCCUCAAAAAGCUGUGCUUAAGCCACAACAAAGUCCGCGAGCUUCCAACCCAAAUCGGGGCGCUCCAGAACCUCGAGGAACUUGACGUCAGCUUCAACGAGCUCUACGGCUUUCCACAGACCUUUACGCAGCUCAGGAAGCUCCGGACACUCGAUGUGGACCAUAACAAGCUCGAACGUUUUCCACCUGAGAUCUUAGCGCUCGGAGAACUUGAGGAACUAGACUGUUCGGGGAAUAAAUUAGAAGGUCUGCCGGGGAACAUCAUGAUGUUGCGGUCUCUCAAAAUCUUGUGGCUGAGCAACACACAGAUCUCGUCGUUACCUGAGACAUUUUGCGACCUGCAGAACCUGGAGAGCUUGAUGCUGGAUAACAACUCUCUCGCCGCGCUACCAAGGUCAUUUUGCAAAAUGCAGAAGCUGAAGAUGCUUAAUCUGUCAUCAAAUUCGUUUGAAGAAUUUCCUCAGGUCGUCCAAACAAUCGUCAGCUUAGAAGAGCUGUAUCUGAGCAGGAACAGAUUGGCGUUCCUUCCAGACGAACUAGGCCACAUGGCCAAACUCGCCAACUUGUGGUUGGACAAUAAUAGUAUAACGUUCCUUCCGGAUUCCAUAGUAGAGCUGGAGAAGCUGGAAGAGUUGGCUUUACAAGGGAACCAAAUUGCCAUCCUGCCGGACAAUUUUGGGAAGCUUGCCAAAGUGAACAUCUGGAAAAUUAAGGACAAUCCGCUCAUACAACCUCCGUACGAGGUGUGCCUGAAGGGCAUCCCGUACAUCGCCGCCUAUCAGAAGGAGCUUGCGCUUGCCCAGAUGGCGGUGAAGCCGAGACUCAAACUUGUUUUGAUGGGGCAGACCAAUGCAGGGAAAACUAAACUCAGGCAAUGCAUCAUGAGCAAACCGCUAGAUGCCAAAAUGGUAACUGGGGGUAGGGGCAUUGACGUAACCAACUGGGUAGCAGACCCUCACCGUAGACUGACCUUCAUAGUGUACGAUUUAUCUGGGAAGCAGAACCACGACCUCAUCAAACCAUUUUUUCUCUCACCUGGAGCUUUGUACCUCAUCGUCGUCAAUUUGAGAUCCUACACGGGUAAGACGUUUUACCCGAGCGUCGGGUAUUACCUUCACCUGCUCGCCGCUAAAGUCCCCCACGCAGUGGUCUGCAUCGUGGGUACCCACACUGACCAGUGCACGGAGACCGAACUGGAGGACAGAUGCUUAGACAUCCACAGGCAGAUAUCGCUUCAAGAGAAGACGGACCUCGAGUGUUUGCGGUCGCUCGCCCAGCAGGUUGACCAAUCCCUUCAGAUGGGCUAUGACAUCAGACUCUCAAGUCCACACGUGCUUUUUUACGGCGUCACGGACAAAAACCUGAGGCGCAGAAAAGCCCAGCUGGAGUCCAUGCUGAAGAACCGGCUGCAGAUUCUGUCGCCGGUCUUUUGCGUCAGCUGUGAGGACCUGAGGAACGUCCAGCGCCUGAAGGAAAAACUGAUGUGCGUCGCGGCUCACUGCGAGAUCUUCCCGAACCUUCACAGAGUCCUCCCGAAGUCGUGGCAGAUGCUCGAGGAGCUGCACUUCAGGCCGCAGGAGCUGUGGAUCUCUUGGUGGGAUUCGGCAAGGCUGGGCCUCCAAGCGGGGCUGACCGAGGACCGCCUUCAAAGCGCGCUCUCGUACCUGCACGAAAGCGGAAAGCUGCUGUACUUUGAGGAUAGCUCGACGCUCAAGGAAUACGUCUUCCACAACCUGCCGCGCUUUAUCGCCGUCUUGAACGUUUUUUUCCAGACGGACCUGGGUGCCACGCUGGAGAAAUUGAACUACGAGGCAGACGGCGGACAGAACGCCAGUGACCUACAGCGCCACGUGGAAGGGUUUCUCCUACAUGGCCUGUUGACGUCCGGCGUCAUCCGGGAGCUUCUUAAACCGCUCGUCCAGACUCAGCAAGAUUUGCACCUCAUCAUGGAGCUCCUGGAAAAGAUGGGCUUCUGCUACUGUGUGAACAAACCCCGGGGUAAACCGUUAAACGGCUCCUCUGUGGUGUUCAAGUUCCCCAGUCUUGUGAGCGCAGAGGAACCCAAAAGUGAACCCUGGCUGAAUGUGGGGUCGACAAUCCCCGGUCAGUUCUUUUCAGUAGAACAGUUACAGAUCGAGUACGCGUUUCCGUUCCUGAUCCCCCCCGGACUGUUCGCACGUUUCAGCGUCAAAAUGAACAGCCACGUGGUGCAGCGCUCCGACGGCAGGCACUGCGUCUACGCCUACCGGGGUAAAGUUCCGGUAAUGGUGACUUACAGGCCGUCCAGGACUAGGUUGCACCCGGAGGUCCUUGCCAUUUCGAGCCAUGCGUCUUUGCCCAAUAUCUGGACCGCUUGGCAGGCCGUUACGCCUUUGGUGGAGGAGCUGAACGUUCUCCUGCAGGAGUGGCCCGGACUUCAUUAUUCGGUACAUAUUCUGUGUCCCAAGUGCCUGAAAAGAGGGUCGCCCAACCCCCAUUCCUUCCCAGGCGAAUUGCUCAGCCAGCCUCGUCCCGAGGGUCUGACCGAGAUCAUCUGCCCCAAGAACGGCUCGGAGCGGGUCAACGUGGCUCUGGUCUAUCCUCCCUGUCCGACACUGGUCAGUCCCGGUCCCAAAUGACUGUCCGGUCCAGCCAAGAAAUGAACUGUGAACCUGCACACACCCUGCUGCACCUCUGUCAGUCCUGUAAACACAACCGCGACGUAUAACGGAGCUACACCAGCGUGUGUGUGUGUGUGUGUGUGUGUGUGUGUGUCCUGCUUUCACUUCACGAGGAUGAGAACCGGCCAUGACGGAUGAGGAUUUAGCAGGAACACGAGGAUACACACGCACGUGGACACCAGAGCGAAUAAAAACCCCACAGUUUAAGUAAGUUCUUCAGCUCCGGUCGCUGGAUUUUCAUGAACUCGAUCAGAAACGAGUGGACAGUCGGACGCCUCUUUGUUCUGCCUGAACUUGUUAAUCAGAACAUUUGGACACGCCCUGAUGGUGCUGAUCGUCUUCUAACCCUUGGAGGAACGGAUAGAAUGAAUGUCAGGGACUCGGGGGCUUGGUGGGUGAAAGACAAUGAAGGGGCGUCAGGACGGGAACCAUGUAGAUUUUGGUGAGGACUUAUAGACCCUCUGUGAUGUAGAACAUCAACAAAAGUGCGAAUUAUUUAUAUUUAUCAUUUGCUAAAGUUAGUAAAUAAAUAAAUACAUCUUCAUUGUAGGUCACCUUAUUGUCACUGCAGCAGUGACCCCUACUGUCCGGUCAGGGUGCUGACAUGAGCGGCGGAGGAAUACAGUACAAUAAAACAGUAGUGCGGUCCAGGUUAUCCAGUCCACCUACCCACAGCCGCUCUUCUGAGGGCUUCUCACGAGGCUUUGAAGUGUGUCUGUGGGAAUUUGUGCCUGUUCAGUCAAAAUGUAUUUGUAUGGCUGGGCACUGAUGUCAAUCUAGAGAGCCUCAGUCAGUGUUCCAGUUUAUCCCAGAGCUGUUGAGUGGGGCUGAGGUCGGGGCUCUGUGCAGGAGGCUUUCGUUCAUGUUUUAAUAGAGCUCACUCAUGCUGGACCAGGAAAGGACCUUCCCUAAACUGUUGCUGCAAGGUCAGAAGCAUAUAAUUGAUUUAUUACGCCUGGUAGUGACUGUUGUGGCUAAAACACAGACUCAGUGAUUAGAAGGGUGUCCCAAUACUGCCCAUAUAGUGUGUGUAUAUACAGUAUAUAUCGAGCUUGAACCCUUGCUGUGCUAUCGACCGGGCCGGGCGUCUACGAGGCACGACAGGACUGACAGAGGAAGAUCAGCCGGGUUCCUCACUGCCGCUCCUGCUGCUUCCACUGUGGUCGAGACGAUUCUCUGUACGCGAUACGGCUCUCCGUCAGACUCCAGCACCUCUGGCAGGUGAAACGAAGCGGCUCGAGUGAUAGUGUGUGGCUCUCCUCGGCCAGCGGUGCAUCGAUGCUGUGUUUACACGCGACAGUUACGAUGUGUGUUUUCUAGGACACGUCAUGUGAUCUGUAAAUUGUUAAUCCGCAGAUUUAUUACAGAUUUGUAUCAUAAUUUUAUUUUUGUAAGCAUCACUAAAGCUUGUUUUCUUACAGUGUGGUGCACACGGUGCGAGGCUGCCGCGUCUGAUUAUACGACUGUAAUAAAAGCCAAAUAUAAAGAUUUAUCUGAUUAUUAA